AUGGAUACCUACGACGUUUCUGACGUGCCAGAGUAUCUGAGAAUUCUACAAGGGCAGAAGAGAACCCUUCGAAAUGCCCAGUCCAAAAAGGGCCAGCGUCCCAAGGCGAUGAAGUCCCGAGAGGAGAUCCUCGCGCAGUUUAUGCUUCGGCAGAUGAUAAAUCAAGGACCAGUUGGCCCCCAUUCCAUCCGUUCAGCCUUCAUCCCUUCGGCCUACCCUCCCAGUGUUCUUCCUUUGACCGACCUCAAAAAAAUCAUGAUCAAAGACCUUACUCUUGAAACCCAUCAUCGUGGGUCUUAUAUUCUGUUGAGAACUGCUUCCCAGCCAGAUAUCAUGACUGCGAUCAUGGCCAUCGUGGAGGACGAAGACAAUCGGGCUCUCAUGUUACAGCUGUACAAUCAGGAAAAGGAGAUCGCUACGGAUUGUCUGACUCAGGGAACUAUCCUGAUUGUAAAGGAGCCCUACUUGAAGAUCAUGGCAGAUGGAGACUGUGGAAUCCGAGUUGAUCACUUGUCCGAUGUCAGGUUUAUUCCGGCAUAUGAUGCUAGUUCCACUUUCUUGGAGAGAACGGGUUACCGAAGAAGACAUCCCUGCCAACGAUUGGAAGAUAACAGGGAACAGCUUUUUCAACAAGGUUACUCCAAGGCUCUAAAGUCCGCUCCGACAGCCGAAGAAGCCCUUACGAUUAAACUCAAUCGAGCCCUCGCUUUCCUCAAACGUGAUCAGUUUGAUGCGGCUCUCCACGACCUGAAGGAAUUAUCUUCGACUUUUCACCUUUCUGAGAAGGUUCUUUUCCGUAAGGCUCAGGCUCUCUACCACCUUCAGAGGUUUCGGGAAUGUUGUGACGUUUACACGGAAUUUUCUAAACAAUAUCCAGGUCUCAAGUCUGCCAAGAGUGAGUUCAACCGGGCUAUUUCACGCCUUAAAGAGGAACAACGUGGCGACUAUCAGUUUAAAUUACUGCAGCGUGAAGCAGCAGAAAACCGGCCACCACAUCUUGACCACGCCACCUAUGUUGGCCAUGUAUCUGUAGGGUCUACGGAUUCUCAUGGACGAGGAUUAUUCACGACACAAGCAGUUAAGGCAGGCGACCUUCUCUUCUGUGAAAAGGCCUUCGCAUAUGCCUUCCAUGAUGCGAUUAACCCCAUCCAAGGUCUUUCCCUACUGAUGAACACGGAAAGAAACACCAUGAUAGUGGGCACCCAAGCAGAUCUUCUUUCAUUGAUUAUUCAAAAGUUGUACAAGUCGCCGUCUCUCAUGUCAACUAUCACGGAUCUGUACCAUGGCUCAUACAAACCUGUUGGUGCCUCGGAAGUAGACGGCGCACCGAUUGUGGAUACCUUCCUCGUUGAACGCAUCAUGUCGUUGAAUAGUUUUGGAUGUCUUCUUUCCUCUCGCGAGUCCCAUAAGCAGGUCACAAUCCAGAGACCUCAGCUAGAUAAAAACGCUACCAAAUUCCAUUCCUGUGGCCUUUGGCCUUUGGCAUCCUCUAUCAACCACUCUUGCUACAGCAAUGCUCGACGCUCAUUUAUCGGAGACAUGAUGAUUGUUCGAGCCACACAAGACCUCGAACCAAACACAGAGCUCAAUUUCUGGUACCAAUCACCCGCAGGCAGCAAUUCAAAGAACAAGAGAAUGGAUUUGCGUCACUGGGGCUUCAAGUGCAGCUGUAUCAUCUGCCAAGAUGCUCUUAACACCCCACAAAGCGUUGUCACGAAGAGAGAAAGACUUCAAGAAAGUCUGGAGAAAAGUUUUAAGUCCCCACAAAAACCGAAUGUGGCUCGGGUCGAGACUAUUCUGUCAACCAUUGCAGAGACAUACAACCAUCCAGCAUCUCAGGUCCCUCGAUUCUGUCUGUGGGAUACAUGUCUGACUCUAUCGCUGAUUUACUCGACGCGAAAUCAACCGCAGAAGGCCAUCGAUUUUGCGUUGAAAGCUCUGGAGUCGCUCGGUUACAUUAUUGAGGGUGGCCGUCCUCCGCUUAUCCAGGAAGCGCCCCUGGUUGUGAAGAAGUGGGGUUUGGCGGUGGAUAGUCUCGUGCCAUGCUGGAUGAGUCUAGCAAAUUGCUACCGCAAGGUGGCCCCUGGCCUGGAAGAUCAAGCAAAGAAGUAUGCCAAGAUUACCUACCGGAUCUGUGUUGGGGAAGACGAAACGUUUGAUGAGCUUUACGCUAAAGAAAGCGGCAAUAACCGAGCACUAAAUCACAACAAGAAAACUCAACAACAGCUUGGCAGCGGCGUGAGCUUUUAA